GACCCGCGAACACGCGCGCACGCUCUCUCCACCGUCGACUAUUUGUGGAAGUCGCGGGGUCUGAAAGCAGCGGCCGCUUUUGUCCGGACAACAGCCGUCGCCAGCCCAGCGGAGACAUGCAGGGCCCACGCACAGGCGCCUUGCUGUGGAUGCUAAGUCUGCUUGCUGUGCAGGUGCUGUGGACAUCCGUGUCAGCCUGUCCAGAGCAGGGCUCCCACAACGGAGAUGGCUCGCACGAUGACACGCGACGCUGCAACGAGAGCGUGCAGCAUGGGGAGGGAACACCCCAGCCAGAGGUCCAUCAUCUUGAAGACAGGAAACCGCUCGCGGUCAGGGUGAAGCAUCCGGGCGGAGCCGGCAACUCGGCGGUGCACCCACGCUCCCCCGUGCUGCACUGGGAUGAGCUCGUGCCCAGGACGGGGUCAUCGCGCCGACAGAAGCGCCAGUGGAACAUCCCACUCAUCAGCCUCUCCGAGAACUCACUUGGACCCUUCCCGGAGUUCCUUGUCUCUAUCGAGUCGGACAAGUCCGUGACCUACGACCUGCGCUACAGCAUCACGGGGAGUGGAGCGGACCAGGACCCUGUCGGUCUCUUCAUCAUCGACAGCAACACGGGGGAGCUCAAAGUGAUGCGCUCCAUCGACAGGGAGGAGUACCAGAUGUUCAGGCUUAAAGGCCACGCCAUAUCCACCAGUGGCCUGCAAGUGGAGGAACCAUGCGACCUGAAGAUCACCAUCAUUGACCAGAACGACAACCCGCCCGUCUUCAACACCUCCUUCCAGGGCGCCGUCAAGGAGGGAUCUCUUCCCGGCACCGUGGUGAUGCAGUUGAUUGCCACGGACCGGGAUGACCCGAAAACGGCAAACGCACGGCUCUUCUACAAGAUUCUGAGCCAGACUCCGUCAGGGAAAAUGUUCGCUGUCAACGAGAAGACGGGCAUCGUCACCACAUUAUCCAGCGGCCUCGAUCGUGAGACCACGUCGAGCUACUCGCUGUCCGUGAUGGCGACGGACAGCAUCGGCGCCGGCCACGGCCUGAGCAGCAUGGCCUCCUACACCGUCCGCCUCAUCGACAUCAACGACAACGCCCCGGUCUUCAGCAGCAAGAGCUUCUCAGGCACAGUGGUGGAAAACAUGGUGGGUGCCACGGUGGCCACGAUCGCCUGCAGCGACCGCGACGAAGAGUUCUCCGCGAACUGGCGCGCCGUCUACACCAUCGUGAGCGGCAACAGCGGCGGCUGGUUCGCCGUGCGCACCGACCCCAAGACCAACCAGGGCAUCAUCACCACCGUCAAGGCGCUGGACUACGAGUCCAUGCAGAAGGCGCAACUGGGCGUCUCCGUGCAGAACGAGGUGCCGCUCCUAACCAGCACAGGCCAGGUCAUCUCGGGCUACAAGUACGACUCUAGCACCGUGUCGGUGACCGUGUUGAACCAGGCCGAGGGGCCCGUGUUCAUGCCGCCUGAGCGCCAGGUCUCCAUCGCCGAGGGCGUCGCCAUAGCAACGCUGCUCACCACCUUCACGGCCCAGGACGGAGACAGGGACCCCAACGCUCGGAUUCGAUACCAGAAAAUCAUGGAUCCCGCAAACUGGCUGCGCAUCGACCCUGUGACCGGCGCGGUGUACACCACCGCCGUGCUCGACCGCGAGAGCUCGUACGUGCACAACAACACCUACACCGCCACCAUCCUGGCCAUCAAGGACGGCUCUCCGUCGAUGACGUCGACGGGAACGCUCGUGCUGACGGUGCAGGACAUCAACGACCACGCGCCCGUGCUGCUCAAUGGCAACGUGACAUCGUGCACGAGCGACGACCCGACGCGGGCCAACAUCACAGCCAUCGACCGGGACAACUACCCCAACGCCGGGCCCAUGCGCUUCGAAGUGGUCGGGAACGAGGCACAGGCUUUGUGGGCCAUACAGCCCAUUGACGACCGCUCGGCGUACAUCGUGUACCGCAACGGGAAGGCGCCUGGCACCAUCCACGAGGUUCCUGUGCGCAUCCAAGACCGGCAGGGCAAGGCCAGCGAGCACAUGGUGCGCGUGGGCAUUUGCGAGUGCUUCGACAACUCGGACGUGUGCCAGGCGUGGCCCUUCCUGCCUCCUGCUGCCCUGGUGGGCGGAGCCGGGCUGAGCCCAGGGGCAAUCGCUGCCCUCGUCCUCUCACUCCUCCUGCUGCCUCUACUCGCGCUGCUGCUCAUGCUGCUCUUCUCCAAGUGCUGCCCCAUGGGUGUGGCCGGCGCCGGUGGAGCCGGGAAAGGGAAGCUCUUCCUGGUUCCCGCGGACGACGGUAUCAAGGGUUCCCUCAUGUCGUACCACGACGAGGGGGCCGGAGAAGUGGACAAGAAUAUGGCCCUGUCGUCCCUGCAUGGGGCCCACGCGCACAAAAACGGGGGCUCCGUCGCGUCCGACGCCACGUUCUCCAGGCUCAACCAAAUGGUCGAUGGCUCUGCGGUCGGGGGCAUGGCGGCCGGCGCUGCUGCGGCGGCGGCGGCUGGCGGGGCGGCAAUGGGCGCCGGAAUGGCGGGGGCCAGCGGGUCGUCGGAGAUGCGGAACGAAGUCACCAAGACGGUCACCACGACUCAGUCCUCGUCGGGGGCCCACAAUGCAUCGGGGCACGCGGCCGGAGCGGUCGGAGCGGCCGGGGCGGCCGGGGCGGUCGAGGCGACAGGGGCGGCUUUGAUGGCAGGAGCGGCGGGGAUGGGGCAGGGCAGGUCAGCGGGAGGAGACGUACAUUCCGGCUACGCCACCACGCGGUCGCACGGUUACUCCACCGGCGGGCGUUAUGGCGCCGGCGCCGCUGGGUUCGACGGCACGGAGGUUUACGGCGCUGACUAUGGGCUGUCGGAUCACGGAACCUGGGCCCACCCGGGGAGGCUGCGUCGAGUGGAGGCUCCUCCCGUCGUCACCGAGUCGACCUCGUCGUACCACUACCGCUCGCUGCAGAGUCACAGGGAGGGAGUCAAGAACGUGGAACUCUUCCUUGGAGAGAACCCUAUCACAGGGGGGCCGAGAUGGGGGUUGGAACCAGUCACCAAUGGACAUGGAGGCGAAUGUCCUGACCCCCUAGACUGCCCAGCCGCCCCCAUGCCAAGAGCCUGGCCGACAGGGACCCCUCAGCGCCCCCAUACGAGACACUUCUGAUUUACGACUACGAGGGCAACGCCACCCCCACCGACUCACUGUCCGUCUGCUCGGUCAUCGUGGACGAGGAAGCCAGGACGUCGCGGUUGAUCUCCUAAGGGCUCGCAAGCCCGUCUCAAUGGCUUCAUCGUCAUCAACGGUUUUUUUGGUUAUUUUGGUUUAGGUCCCCGAUGACGCUGGCGCAGCAUACGAAACGCCGGAUGGACGACGCGUGCCGUUGUUCUUUUUCAGUGUUUUUUGGAAUUCGUUUAAUUGAUAGCACUUGCGAAAAGUGCUUUUCGCUAGUUUUGUAACAGAUUUUUUUUUUUUGGCCAGUACUGUUUACUGACAAUUUAAUCACAAGAUUCAUUGAAUGGAUUGUAAUUCAGACCGAAAAAAAUAUCGGUACAUUUAAACUGGGAAAGUAUGAAAAAACCCUUGUCUGUACAUCUUAAGCAUUUUGCGCAACGAUUGUACAUUACCACAUCCAGCCGGUCAGUUUAAGAAAAUUCAGAACACAUUUAUGCAAACAAUCACCUGCUUUAAUCAAAAAAAUAUCAAUAAAGUAUUAUUAAGGCUGUUACCUCUGAAACUAAGUUUCGGACUGCCUUUAUCAUUUAAACAAAAAUUAGCAGGAAAAUGGGAAUGUUUCUCCGUGGAUUUUGACAUUAAGCUUGUAAAUCCACAUUGCAGUUAAUUGUUUUUUUAUUAAUGUUAAUUUUUUUUGUCAAUGAAAUCUCAUUUUUGGGCCAAGACGUUUUAUAUAGAAAAAAAAUCAACAAAGAUUUUAUAGACAACAGUUCUCAAGUCUGGUUUAAAAUCGAUCACACCAUUUCAAAAAUGAAGGUUUCUUUUUUUGUAACUGGAUGACUAUUUAUUUGCAAUCGGCGACAUUCUUACGGGGAAUCUUACGGUUAUCUACAUUGCAACGGAAUAACAUCCCUCUUCAUAUUCACUUAAUUUGCAGUGUUCUUCACGUUAAUUGGCACCAUUGCAAUGCUUUAUCUUUCAAAAAUACGUUGGUGUAAAAGAAAUGUAAAAAUGUUAUCGAUUUCCCCCUCCCACCCCUUCCUCUCCCCACACCCCUUGCCAACAAAGCUACUAACUCGGUGCACAUAUGAGGCUAGAAGAACAAGUUGCUUCACUGCUUUCUUGUAAAAAUAUUGUAACUCAAGAGGAUGCCAUGUACACUUCUGCAGCAGGUUAGCGAAGACUUGGUCACAUUGUGCUCUUGCAGAAUGAUAAACCCAUGCACGCGCAUUUGUCAUCAGUGCUCCAAAUAAGCAGCCGUAACUGGGAAUUCCGCUCAUUAAACACACGUGGAUUAUUUAUUUUUACGUGGCAUUAUCAACGUGACGCGUGGCAAUGGCAUUUAUCGAAAAAAUAUCGCUCCGAGCAGGACGAUCAAAUGCUCGAAAGGAGGGCCCGCGUGAUGCGUUGAGCACGAUGCGUCUGACGGUGCCAGGGUGCCAGAACCCUGUAGGCCCACUGGCAGGGCUGAGGCCUGUCGGCUUGAAUUGGCAGUCGCGUGACCCUAGCGGCCCAUGAGGAGGCGUCCGUCUGUAGUUUGUGUUUCUUUAGGAGUAAACAAAAACAAUGAAUGAACAAGAAACUAAUUUUUUUUAAACAUUCUCAUUGAGAAACUUUGAGGUUGUGCCAACUUUUUGUAUCGUACAAAGAACCAUUUCUGUUAAAAUGUAAGGCUCUACCAUACGUUGGCAUUAAGAGAUUUGCAGUAUUCAUCUAAAGUCCUCACGACGUCAAGGUAAUGUUGCAUGACCCUUAUCUGGAGCGCUGGUUGUCACCCACAACCCACUUUACAAAACACUCACACAUUCCCUGUCAAACUGAUGGUGUAACUUCGUUAAACGGUCAUACCUAAAAAAAAAAACAAGGUGUCGUGGCAUACGUGAUUAAUCAUUUUAAUUGAAGGAGCAACAUGAAACGAGGAUGUAAGAUACAAAACGUAGUUUUCCAUAUCACUUACAAAUUUACCAAAACACAACUGUUGCGAAUGCGUUGUUUUUAAAGUUAUGCUUCCACAGUACUGUAGGUUGUAGCUGCAACUGCUCUGCUACUCAGCAUUAUGGUACUUUACCCGUACCUCUGUCCUAUAGGAUGUGUGCGCAGUGACCACGGACCAUGAACCUGGCUUCAAAUGCCACAAUUAUUUUACAGUAUUUCAAUAUUAGUCACCCCGUCACGGCAUUUGGUAUCGAGUUCAUUUCAGCGAGCAUUGAGCUAACAACCGUGCCAUUGAGGCCCUAUGCACGCAGAUUCAUGUUCGUGCCAGGAAUGUUCAGAUAUUCUUUUAUUCGCUCAAAAUGCGCUUCACUGCUUUCGAUUAGGGCAGCACAGAACGUGGUGAAAGACGCGUCCAAGGAUUAAACCUCUUUUUGUUGUUGCAAGUUAAGUCUUGAAUAUUGAACUUGCACAUCAUGAUUAUAGCCAUGGAACUGCACUGAUUUGCCAUUCACGGUUUAUCGAUGACUGCGUGCAAAAUGGAGAAACGGCUUCACAAAGGGCAUUCUCUACAAUCAGAGUGCGGCCUAAGCAACGAAGUCCGCUGCUGAGGGGUGAACAAAGCUUUGCUUUGCUUAUGUUUGUUAUACAUGAAAAAAGGAUGUGUCACUUCCGCUAACACUG